AUGGAUAAGCGACUACCGCACAGAAUCCGCGAGAUUCGGAUUCAGUUCCAAUCUGCAGGCAAGAGCUGCACGGCGGAUAGCGUCAGGGAGGAGCUGUGCCGAAGCUUCGCAGAGUAUGGACGGCUGAAGCAGCAGGCGCUGCGGCGCAUGGUGCUGCAAGAGCUGAGCACACCUUUGCAAGAGGCUAAUGGUGCUGACGGUCAGAACGGUCAGGAGGGGCCAAAGAAGAAGAAGCGGCGUAAGGCGAAGGAGGAUAGCUCCGCCUUGUCUGCUCAGCCCCCGGAGAAGGAGAACAUGAACGACUCCCUGCGACGUCUCUAUGCCCAGGGCAGUGAUGCCAACCUCGCAGCAAAGGCUGAGCGACUCGGCCAGGACCCGCAGUCUGCUCGCAAAGCGCGAGAGAAGGCGUCCAUGGCGGCCGCCCGGCGGGAGCAGGGCUUGUCAGAUCCACGCAGCUCCGGCGGGUUUCAGCCAGAGGAUCGGCCUGAGGAGCGGCUGGAGGACUUGGGAGGCGUGGACGAGAUCUUGGAUGACCUCAGGCAGCUGGUGGUCCAGCCCCUGAGCCACCCGGAAGUGUUUUCCCACCUGGGGGUUCAGCCCCCCACUGGGGUGCUGCUCUUUGGUCCACCGGGCUGUGGCAAGACCAAGAUCGCCCAUGCUAUAGCAGGCACCACAGGCGUGCCCUUCUUCAAGAUCGCGGCCACGGAGAUCGUGUCGGGGAUGUCUGGAGAGUCGGAGGCCAAGAUCCGGCAGCUCUUUCAGGCGGCGACCAACGCGGCGCCAAGCCUCAUCUUCAUGGACGAGGUGGACGCCAUCACGCCGAAGCGGGACUCAGCAGGCCGGGAGAUGGAGCGCCGCAUCGUGGCGCAGCUGUUGACCUGCCUGGACGAGAUCCAGAAGGCCAACGUGGUGGUCCUGGGCGCCACCAAUCGCCCGGACGCCCUGGACCCUGCCUUGCGCCGGGCCGGCCGCUUCGACCGGGAGAUCGCCAUGGGCAUCCCGGACGAAAGCGCCAGGGCCAAGAUCUUGGAGAAGAUGGUGCAGGGCAUGCGCCUGGCGGAGACGUUGGACCUGCAGUACUUGGCCAAGAAGACCGCGGGCUUCGUGGGCGCGGACCUCAGCGCGCUCACGAAGGAGGCCGCGCUGGGGGCGGUGCAAAGGGCCUUCCAGGGCCUUGCGGACAGCCGCCAGGCGGUGCCAUCUGACGCGCCCGACGCGGAACCGGUUUCCGAUGGCCCGGAGCGGGCCUAUACCGCCACUGAGAUGGCACACCUGGCAGUGGAGGCCAAGGACUUCACGGAGGCGUUGGCGCGAGUGCAGCCCUCCGCACGCCGCGAGGGCUUCACCACCAUCCCGGAUGUGAAGUGGGAGGACGUGGGCGCCUUGAACGAAGUGCAGGCGGACAUGGACGCGGCGGUGUGCGAGCCCAUCCGCAAGGCCGCCCUCUUCCGGGAGCUCGGUCUGACUGUGCCCGUGGGCGUGCUGCUCUUCGGGCCGCCAGGCUGCGGCAAAACUCUGCUGGCGAAGGCAACUGCAAACCAGAGUGGUGCCAACUUCAUCGCCGUCAAGGGCCCGGAGUUGUUGAACAAAUACGUCGGGGAGUCAGAGCGUGCGGUUCGGCUGGUCUUCCAGAGAGCUCGAAGCUCUUCUCCUUGCGUGAUCUUCUUCGACGAGCUGGACGCCUUGGUGCCGCGGCGCUCCUCCGAGGGCACCGGCUCCUCCGAGCGCGUUGUGAAUCAGAUGCUCACGGAGAUGGAUGGCGUGCAGUCGCGAUCGCAGGUCUAUGUCAUUGCUGCCACGAACCGUCCAGAUAUCGUUGAUCCAGCAAUGCUUCGGCCAGGCCGCUUGGAUCGCCUUCUCUACGUGCCCUUGCCAUCUGCAGCUGGCCGGUUAGAAAUCUUGCAGACGCACAUGCGCAAGCUUCCCCUUGCCGCUGACGUGGACCUGCCGAGCCUGGCCAAAGCAGCCGACGGCUUCAGCGGGGCGGACCUGGCCUCUCUGGCACGCGAGGCAGCCAUGUUGGCCAUCCGCAAGGCUGCAAGUCCCUGCCUCGAAGCCGCAGAUGGUCAGGAAUCCCUGGCUGCAGCGGCUGGCGUGCAGGUGACUUCGGAGCUCUUGGCGCAAGCAAAGAGCCGCAUCCAGUCGUCGGUGGGUGUGCAGGAGCGCCAGGAGUACGAGGAGUUGGCCGCCCGCCUUUGUGGCUGGAAGCCGAGUCAGGGUGAAGAGAGCAGCACAUGA